UUUGGCUCAGUCGAGACUGAGAAGUCGUCGAGGUCUGAUUUGAACUCGUCUUCUCCCCCAAUUUCUUGGAAUACCUGGAACACUUUUCUUGCGUAAUGACGACGAUGUGUGGCACGCUUUUGCUCAUGUGUCUCCUCCUCUCCUGCGCCCCAUUCUCGUCCUGUGAAGUAGAGGACGAUUUUCCAAACGAAAUUCCAAAAAUCUCAUCCGGCAGUUGCCUCGCGGCGGGGUUGUGUUGCAAGGGAAGGGACAGUUCUUGCGUGGUUCAACGUGCCCCCCCGAACAGCAUUGUGGAGGAGUUGGACGACAUUCCGUGCUACUGUGACCAUGGGUGUGUCCUUCUGCAGGAUUGCUGUCACGAUUUCAAACAUGCUUGCGGAGUUCAAGACUGCGAAGUUUCCAACUGGGGGCCAUGGUCUUCCUGUGACACAGAUUGUGGACAAGGGACGAUGACACGGAGUCGCUCGGUCACACGAGAAUCUCGCAACGGGGGGACAGCCUGCCCAUCUAUGAUACAAAAUCGGGGCUGUAAAGGAACAAAGUGUCGCCAUCACAAGAAUAAAAUCACGCUCGAAGACAUUGCGGUCCUCCUCCCGAUCGAGUUUCGGAACAAGCGGAAAGUCAACGAGAGUAGUGACAUUACCAAAAACUUGAGAUCUCGAUACCCGAAAGAUCCUGAGAAGGAAAACUCAUUUCCGUACUGUGUGGAAUUCCAAGUCAUUCGCUACACUCGGGCGUGUAAAUCCCUGCAGAGUUUUACUACAUUUCGUGAAGGAAGUCGCGUGUGCGUCUUUUGUGAGGAGGAAGCUCAAAAGUCGUACACGGGAUAUCGGUGCAGCGGGACGGGGGCGUCGAACGGAGUGUCGACCCGAUUCUCGAGCAUUCGUGAGCCGGCAUGUCACGGGAAAUGGAGGCACGUCGCCCUCACGAGGAGUGACGACAAGACGGGUGCCUGCAGCUCCAGGUGUGACGAGGAAUCCUCCUUCAUCUUCGUUUAAGGAUGAAACGAACCUCAAUUUGUGUACCUACUUAUUUGCAUGAUGAAGAGGAGAAUUCAGAGGCUUUUGGUCAUGGACGAAAUCACUAAUUUUAAACAUGUUCGAGAUAUUUAUUAGUGGCUAAUUUUCUAAGUUUGCUAUAAAAAAAAUGACAUUUCCCAGUCUGAAUUUUCCCAAUUUCGUCCAGUUUAAUCGAGGGUAAAAUAUAUAAUGUCGCUUUCAAGUAUUUUCAAAAUAUAGUAGAUAGAAUUAACUAUAUUCUAACAAUUUAUGGGCCAAAUAAUUGGACAAUUAUUUAGAAGGUGAGUCUGGAAUUAAUAACCAUUAAGUAAAAUAA